CGAGCUGAUUGGCGGGAAGAGCCGCGAGGGCUCCCCCCUGGGCCGCGCCUGAUUGGCCGGAUCUGAAAAACUGUGUCUCAGGGCGCCAGAAUAGAAGCUUGAGCGCCCAGUGCGGGCUCCGCCGCCGGCAGCAGCGCGGGGCGGCCCCCAUGCCAUCGCCGCCUGCCUGCUCCGCACGGCUCGGAGCUGCUGCGGGGCUGUGGCCCAGAGAUGGAGGGAGGCUGCCUAGCCCUGAAAGACCUGAGCAGAGCCAGGCCUGCAAGAACCAGCCUGGCCGAUGAAGAUGGAGACAACGCCCAGAAGGAAAACAUAUGUGAUCGAUCCAGAAUUGCUCCAAAGACUCCCCUGAAAAAUGAGCCAAUUGAUUUAUCAAAGCAAAAAGGCUGCACUCCAGAAAAAAAUCCAAUUACACCGAUUAAGCCAGUUGACAGACCCCUAGCAGAUCCAUGGACCCCUACCUCUAACCUGAAGAUGCUGGUUAGUGCUGCUAGCCCUGACAUGAGGGACAGAGAAAAGAAGAAAGAACUCUUCAGACCAAUUGAAAAUAGUGAACAAAAUGAGGCUUUUCCUGAUUCCCUACAGUAUGAUACAGUUGAUGACAGCACAGCGGAUGAAUUUGACAAGCAGAGACCAAGCAGAAAACAGAAAAGCUUAGGACUCUUGUGCCAAAAGUUUCUAGCUCGUUAUCCAAGUUACCCUUUGUCAACAGAAAAAACUACUAUCUCCUUGGACGAAGUGGCUUCAAGUCUUGGGGUUGAGCGGAGGCGUAUCUAUGACAUAGUAAAUGUUCUGGAGUCCUUGCACCUCGUGAGCCGCGUGGCCAAGAAUCAAUACUGUUGGCAUGGGCAACACAACCUGAGGCAAACUCUGAAAAGUCUUCAGGAAAUAGGCUUGCUGCAGAAGUACGAAGAACUAAUGGCAUAUUUCCAGCAGAAAGAGCAAGACCUUGAGUAUAAAUUUGGAGAGCGCAAGAAGGAGAAUGUUUCAGAUUCUCAAGACAGACCAUUGCUUGACUUUUCGGAAGCAGACUGCCCCUCUGCAUCUGCAAACAGCAGAAAGGACAAGUCGUUGCGGAUUAUGAGCCAAAAGUUUGUCAUGCUGUUCCUUGUCUCCAAAACCAAGAUAGUCACUCUCGACAUUGCAGCAAAAAUACUGAUUGAAGAAAGCCAGGAUGCAGCGGAUCAUAGCAAGUUUAAAACAAAGGUACGAAGAUUGUAUGAUAUUGCCAACGUUCUGACCAGCUUGGGGCUCAUAAAGAAAGUGCACGUCACAGAAGAGCGGGGUCGCAAACCAGCCUUCAAGUGGAUUGGGCCUGUAGAAUUCAGUGGAAAAAGUGAUGAGCCAAGAAUGGACAUUCCAACAUCAGCUGCUUUACCAGAAAUGAAGAGAGGAGUGUGUACCCAGCAUCAAACUUGUGCUAAUGGGAAACAAAGACUCGUGCGGCAUGCUUCAUUUAAUGCUAGCCAGCCUUCUCAAGGCAUCAAAAGGAAGGUCAGCUCUGAACCAAGCAGCCCACAUAGGGAGAGGCAAGCUUGUAUUGUGGGUUCAGAUGAAUAUUGCUCCAAAAUGAUAAAUUUAGCAGCUGUCUGUAGACAGAAAAUGGAAGAAGACACAAGGGACUCAGAUUAUUCCCUUAACUCUUUGCCUCACCGAGUGUUUCCUGUUGCUCAGUCAGACAUGUUGCAUCUCUCUCUGCCAAAUGGAACAAAUGGCCAAGUUCUGCAGCCUUCCAUUUCAACAGUCUCCAAAACAGAGAACGGAAAACCAGCUGUGCUCCCCAACCAGCCCUUUGUUUGCUUCCCUUCCUCGUCCCUGUUUAUGCUGUACGGCAAUCUACAGGAAAGUCUCUCAGGGGAGAACUUUCCUAUUGCAGGAGAAAAGGAUAACCGAAAACCUGAGGAGCAGGCCUCACCCCUAAAUCCACAAGCUGCUGUAAGUUCAGUUACCUGCCACAAGCGCAGCUCCCAGAAAUUAGCAUUGCCCUCUAUGCUUGUGGGCAGUGAAGAGCCAGCUGCCAAAAAGCCAGCUAUGGAACAGAGUGAUGCCCCCAUCUCACUGGUACUACCCAAGAAGUCUUUUGAGUCAGCUGAAGGGGAAUCUCUCCUGGAAGGCAGCUGUGCAUCUACUCUACACAUAGGAGCUUUUCAUCUUGACCUAGGAACUCCUGCAGCUGAUAAGUCUGCAGAAAAGGAUACAGCUAAACCUUUAGAUUCUCUGGAGCAGGAAGAGCCAUUGAGGAAUAAAGACCUUCAAGAACCCUUGCAAGAAAAUGGCAAACAGCCCUUCCUCCCACAGUAUCUCUAUCUUCAGCCUGGUGCUGGAUUAAGUGGUUUUAACUUCCUGUUUUCGGCAAACCAAACUCACAGUGCAAUUGGUCUGUCUCCAAGCCAGUUACCUUCACUUAGCAUUCCCUGUGUGGUAGUGCCAUCUACAGCCUUUGCACCCUUUCCUCUGAUCUGCUCUCCAGCAAUCACCAAUCCACUUUCCCCUGUUCCUCCUGGCUCCUUUCCAAAUGCCGCAUCCAUGAGUUUCAAUAUGCCUGGCGUAGCAUCAACAGCACCCAUUUUCAUUGGCACCACAGCGAUGGUUACUCCAAAGACCUCACAGUUACCUUCAGUGGAUCCACAGCAACUGGCUCAUUCUGCUGAUUUUGCUGUGCACCUGAGUCCUGUGCUCAGAAGAUCCUGCAGCACUGCUGAACCGGACUCCCCAGUUUGCAUGGGUCACCCAGUCACCCUUCGUAAGCUACAGCAGCAAUCAUCAAUCCCCCUUACUCCUAAAAGCAUUCGUUCUACACAUAACGAGGCCUUUUUCAAAACACCUGGCAGCCUUGGAGACCCUGUGGCAUGGAAAAAAACUGAAGGCAACCAGACCAGAAAUUCCAGCUCUGUUCAGAGAAGACUAGAAAUUGAUAGUAAUGGCACUGACUAACCCAGCUUGCAGUAAAGUGUGGGCAGAUUGUAAUAGGACUUCAUGCUUGUUACAAAAGCUAUUGCAUGGCAAAUAGCUAUUACAGCUAUAACAUAACAAAAGGUGCAUGGUAAAAUGUUGUCCCUAUUGGCAUGCUUCCCUGCUAUGUGGUUGCCCACUAGGUCUGCUAACUUUCUUCUUCAUGAGCCAUCACUACUGCUGAAAUACGUUUAUUAAUGGUUUAUUUAAACACCAAUUUGGAUUCAAACUUUGUGCUUGGCACAGCAAUGUGAGCAUUAAAUUACUGUUGUGAUUUUAAUUUAAAAAUAUACUGUUAUUGCUGUGGGGAGAUGCAAACAGAGACCUACUGGAGUCUCAUGGCUUUGUAUUUUUUCAGGUGAGCUGUCUAGCACUUACGUAGGGUGAACAUUUUUUACAUGUAUUCUACUUACCCUGAGUAAAUCUGUGGUGGAAAGACAUAAUCUCCUGCAGUUGCAAAACCAGCUGCUUCCUUGCUUCCAGUCUGUCAAGUUCUGCCUCAGCAAUGCAACAUCUUGUUAUUUAUUCUCUACAUUGGAAUGGGAUUUCAUGCAAAAAGAUUUUUUGUUUUGUAUUUUCCAGUUUCAGAACAGAUUUCCUCAGGGUAUGACUACUUGAAUGUUGAUUGGUUGUUGUACAAUUUGCCCAGCACUUGUUUUACAAAAGCCUAGUAAUUUAAUAAUACAAUAUGGUUGAAUGUAUACAUGUGAAAAAAGAUUAAGACCAAAAUAACUGUGAAUUUUAA